GGACGGCCGGGCGGCUUGGAAGCCGGCGGGACUGCGGCUGACGGCAGAGUUCGGGAUGGAGUGGGCAGUGAUGUGGGAUGGAGGGAAGUGAAGGAAGGGGAGGGGGCCCGGAGGAAAAUGUGGGAGGAGUGGUUGGGAAUUUGUGAGUAGCGGGCAGGAGGAUGUGGAAGGCUGUGUGGGGACUGCAGACGACCGGAACGAGCGGGAAGGCUAGCGGGAAUCAAUGGAUUGAGGGCUGAAGGGUUCCUCCGCUGCGUGAAGGCGGACUGGUGACUUGACAUGUACCUUCUGCUCUGGUUCCUGAUGUCUCCCGUUUUUCUGGCGUUAUGUGCGAAAAUGAGAGCAUUGCUUGUCCUGGUCGCUAGCUUGAUCUUUUUUUCAGGCCCAAACACGCAGCCGCCUGCCAUCCAUCCCCAUUUGAGUGCUAUGGUCUUGAUUCAUCCUUUCGAAGGGUUUAGAGUGUCAGUGUGACAUACAAACUGUUCUUCAGUAUGAAAGGUUAGAAGUUCUCCCCAGGAGACAACACUGUUGCCCUUGUCCUCCGGUUUUCAGUUCAUGGUAAAACCGCAGCCGAUUCACAUUCUCCUUUUCUUUGGUGUCUUUAAAUCUUACAAAUCUCUGAAACCAGGGUGUUGGUAUGUGGCAGAGUUAUAAAUGACGCUAUCCUUCAGAGAAGAGUUAAUGCAGCAUCAUGUUCCAGGUCUCCCACAAAGAUCUUGUGUCUUCCCUAGGAUGUGGCUUACAUGUGGAAAGCCAAAUUCUAACCUCGUGUUAGUUAGUAAACGGGUAGGAACCCGGAGUGGGGGCGGGUUAAACAGGAGGUUUUCAGUGAGUACCUGAAGUGCUUUUCCGAUGUCAUGAUCUUGGUGAUGACAAGGACGCAUGGAUCUGUGAAACUGUAGAUUUGAGAAUCACCCACAGUAUCUUGUAAAAGGGACGCAGGGUAGGGCGUCUUCCUCAGAUUUACUGGAUGGUGUGACGGCAAGCUUUCUCCCCGCAGCUCUACCUCAAUGGUGGCUGAUAGUCUAAGAUUCCUUGACCUUUACUUUAGCAGAACACCAGGUUCUGGGUUCUAGUUGAGUGGAAAGGCUCUUUCCUGUGAGGUGAACCUUGUCUUAGGAUUUUGGACUCAUUUAAGAAAAAGGCUCACGUACCUAAACUUUACAAAUGUUUUCUGCGUCCACAGUUUUCCCUACACUGACCCAGUUAUUUAUUUAUUUGUUUUUUGUUUGUUUGUUUAUUUUGAGGCGGUGUCCCUUUGCAUAGGCUCUCUUGGGACUCACUAUGCAGACCAGGCUGGCCUCGAACUCACAGAGAUCUGCCUGCCUCUGCCUCCCUUGUGCUGGCCACACCCAGUUUUUGCUAUUCUUAUGUAAGUUGGGACUUGAGGUUUUCUGUCCUCAUCAGCCUGAAGAAGGCUUAGACCUAGUACUGAAAUACGCAUGCUGGUUUUAUUUGGUGCUAGCCAAAUGAAUGUCUUCUGUGUACGAUUGCUAUGAACUAUACUGUGUACCUUGGGGAACCGUUCAGCUGGACGCACUUAACAAAACACCGAAAGGCGUGUUGUCAGAAUGUGUCAGCUGACUUCUCAUUUCACCAGCAUGUAGAAGCUUCUAGAGAGAUAGCAUUAUUUGUUGUUUGAGAUGUUUAGUUAGACGGUUGAGUAUUCUGGCCUGCAUUGCUAGUCUCGCCUUGGUUAUUUCUGUGUAGGUUUGACUGCUUGGAUAUAAGGCAUGAAGUGGAGAGGUGGGGAUCAAGAUGGGGUUUCCUGUAGCCUUGACUAGCUACAAACUUGCUUUGUAGCCAAGGAUGACCUUGAACUCCUGCUCCCCCUGCACUUAAGUGCUGGGAUUCCAUGUCUGUGCCAUCAGGUGAGGGUUAAUGAGUGUCUUCUGAACUCAGGCGUUGAUCUUUUGCCAAUGGUUACGGGAAUAGUUGAACCCGUGGGAAUGGCUGGUUCUUCAUGGAACCUGUUCUCGUGGUUGCUGUGGUACUACAUGAGUUCUUCAAGGCAGUGUGGGACUAACUAGGUGGGAGGCUCAUGGUCAAGUUCACCCCAGAGAGCUGGACAAGGAGAGCGAAGUUGGAAUAUAAACAUACAUUGUUUGCCAGGAGAUGACGAUAGAAAUGAAGUUCGCCAGUGCUGGAGGGCUGCCCUUGCUGCACACACCUGGGAUCCCAGCACAGCAAGAGGACCACUGUGGGUUCCACACCUUUCUCCAGAAACAAGCUGGGGUCUCGUGGGGCCAAGCUGGGCUACAUUACAGGAAGUAUUGCUAACAUCCCGAGUAAGGUGAAGAGAGCUACAACACUGAGUCUCAAGAAUUUUCCAGAGCAUCGUCCGUGAAAGGGUUUUUGUUUAUUUUGUGGUGCUGGGAAUUGAAACCAGGGAAGGCUUCAAGCGUGGUAGGCAACCACUGUACCACUGAGCCACACCCCCAGCCCUUUAAUGGAAUAGGUCAUAUAGGUCAGUGUACACAUUAUUGACACGUGUAGACCCGAUUAUUGACAGCUUACGGAAAUUACUUUUCCUUACGUUUUGACGGCUCCCCCCCCACCUUUCCUACCUACCUCUGUCAUUGCCCAAAUCCACAAGCCCAGAAGUCAGAAGAUGUGAACGAAGAGGCUUAGAGCAAGCAGCCAGCAUCGCCACACUCAAGGGCACAAAGUAGCCCUGACCAGAGGGUUCUCUUGAGGGCAGCUGAGUCAAGAUAAGGGGGAAUUUUAGUAAUAAAGAUGGCUUUGGCCCAGAUCCAAGUUCAUGUGAGACUUAAAGAGUCAUAGUCAGAGGAAACCCACACGCCCGGAAGCAGAGGAUCCUGAGGAGAGAGCAGAGUGCACAUUUGCUUCCAAUCACAAAUCCCUGAGUGCUUCCAGGCUGAGGAACAGCCAUUUUUCUACAAGUGUUGACUGGAGCCCAGUUAAGUUGAAGGGGCACUUAAGCCUUUUCCAAGAAAGCAGGGUUUCUGCUCAGGGUUGGUUCUCCUGUGGUUGAGAAGGCACUGGUGGUGUGAACCCAGCCGACAGCAGUCUCCUUUUCCUCUGUAGUAGCCACAUGAGUACUUAGUGACAAAGGUGUCCCCCUCCCCCCGCCCCUGCCCGCCAUGCUCCUUCACCCAGAAUAGAACGGAAUGAGACAUUUGUUAGCUGAAAGGCAUCGUCUUUAACCCAGCUAAAAUCCUAACCCACACAAAGCCCCUUCACUCCUGAUGCUUGUCAUUUCUAAGGAGGUGACCUGUGGUCAGACCCAAGGGUCACAGCUGACACCUUGGACUCACUGGAUUCUUUAAAAAAACUUUUCGGAUUUAUUUUAUGUGAAUAGGCAUUUUUAUCUGCAUAUGUGUCUGUAUACCACUGUGUGCUUGGUGCCUGAGGAGGCCAGAAGGGGGUUUCAGACUCCCUGAAACUGGAGUUAGAGGGCUGGAUGAUGGAACCGAACCCAGAUCUUUUGGAAGGGCAGCCAGCACUCUACUGCUGACUGCCAGCCUUUUAUAUAUAUAUAAAUACAUACAUAUAUUUAUAUAUAUAUAUACACAUUUAUAAGACAGUUUCUAUGUGGCUCUGGCUGUCCUAGAAUUCGCUCUUGGACUAGACUGGCCUCAAACUCAGAGAUCCACUUGCCUAUGCUUCUGAAUGCUGAGAUUAAGGUGUGUGCCACCAUGCCCUUGAUUAUAAUUCUUUUUUGUUUAUUUGUUUUGUUUUUCAAGAGAGGGUUUCUCUGUGUAACAGCCCUGGCUGUCCUGGAACUCUCUAGGCUGGCCUCAGACUCACAGAGAUCUGCCUUCCUCUCCCUCCAAGUGCUGGGAUUAAAAGUGUUCACCACCACUCCCAGCUCCUUGAUUAUAAUUCUUAACAAGCUCUUGAUUUGAAUUUUUCUUCUUAGCCAAACUUACUUAAGGGAUGUGCUUGUCUGAAAACUCUGAAGGCAAAGGUGCUUCGGUUCAUCUUGUGACUGGAAUGCAGAAUUUUUAUAUGAUCUGAGUAGGUAUUUUAGGAAAUCCCUAAAGCACGCACCAGGUCUGGUUAACUUUGUAGAGCUGAUCUAAAUUGCUACUAAAGAUGUCAUCCAGAAAACCAGGACUGUAGCGGAUCUCUCUUGUCUCCACAGUGAAUUCUGGGUAGCUGCUCUGCAGGAAUGCAGCCAUGUCUCCUGGGCAGUGCUGUUAAUCCUGCUGUACAGUUAGCAACCAGUGAGAUCAUAGUGUGGGAAGUGUCUUACCUCGUCACAUGUGGGUUUGGCUCUGACAGCAUUUCUCCUGUGCAGAUCCAUGUCCUUUCGGAACGUAAGUCCAAAGAAAGAUGGAGAAAGACCUGGGCCUGAUUGUGUUGGUGUAGCCAGGACUAAUUGUCACUUCUUUUUCCGUUUUCCUUUAUGGUUUCUUUUCAGAGGCCAGAGACUGUAAAGCUCUAUUCCCUUCUUUGCACAGGGAAUGAUGAGAGACCAGUAUAAGAUUGAGAACAAGUCUGGUCGUUGUUUCAUUUAUGGGGAUGGGAUAACCCCGGGGCCUUGUGUAUACUAGGCAAGCACUCUGCCACUGAGCUACACCCAGAGCCUCACUUUCUGGGUUUUGAAGCCAGUGCAGAUUCUAAUCUUGGCUCCUUUCUUUAGUACUAAAUUUGCCCUUUCUGGGAGCCUGGUGAGACACUUCACACUUGCGAAGAUCUGGGUCAAGGGUUUUCCUGACUGCCAAUGUCCUUCAACAUUGAGAGCCUGGAGCAGAAUUUCCCAAAGUGUGUUCCAGGGAUUAUCUGCCCCUAACAUACUUUGGAAACAGUGGGUUCAAUAAUCAGGUUGUGAAACGCUGCUCAGUUUUCUUCCAGCCUUUACCAUGAGCGCUCCUAAGUAUAUUAAACCCCAGGAGGUUCUGCCAUGGGUGGUUUUCUAAACUAUCUUAACAGCAGUCCUAUUUUCAUUCAAAAAGCUAUUAAUAUCCAUGCGACUAGUGUAUUUAAGAUAUACACUUGGGGAAAUGCCAGACUACGUUAUCACUGGGCUGAAUACUUGGGUCUGACUUUGGUUUAGGCAAAGGCUCUGCCGUCUUUGAUCUAGUCCCCCAGGGAUCCUGGGAGUGCCCUCCGGUGUGAUCUGAAGAAAGUGAAUGACAGCCUGAGUCAGUGACUCCUGUGGCCAGCAGGAUGGGAAGUGAGUAAGAACGCUGGCCAGAGUCAGCAGAGAAACGACCUGGUCCUGGGACCAGGCAGACUAGUGCCAGGCCAGAAUCCUAAUGCUCCUGGCUAGCUGGUGGUGAGCAGCUUUGGGGCCAUCGUGGUUGGCUCCCCAAGGAAGCCUUUUGAAGCCAAUGGAUGCAUUCUCAGGCUCAGGGCUCAAGAGGAAAUUUGACGAUGUGGAUGUGGGCUCCUCAGUUUCCAACUCAGAUGAUGAGGUCUCCAGCAGUGACAGUGCUGACAGCUGUGACAGCCUCAACCCUCCCACGACUGCCAGCUUCACACCCACAUCCAUCCUGAAGCGGCAGAAGCAACUGCGGAGGAAGAAUGUCCGCUUUGACCAAGUGACUGUAUACUACUUUGCCCGGCGCCAGGGUUUCACCAGUGUGCCCAGCCAAGGUGGGAGUUCUUUAGGAAUGGCCCAGCGCCAUAACUCUGUACGCAGCUACACCCUUUGUGAGUUCGCACAGGAACAGGAGGUGAACCAUAGAGAGAUUCUUCGUGAGCACCUGAAGGAGGAGAAGCUUCAUGCCAAGAAAAUGAAGCUGACCAAGAAUGGGACAGUGGAGUCAGUGGAGGCUGAUGGCUUGACACUGGAUGACGUUUCAGAUGAAGAUAUCGAUGUGGAAAACGUGGAGGUGGAUGAUUACUUCUUCCUCCAGCCCCUGCCCACCAAGAGGCGACGGGCUCUGCUAAGGGCGUCCGGGGUCCACCGGAUUGAUGCCGAAGAGAAGCAAGAACUGAGAGCCAUCCGCCUGUCUCGGGAAGAGUGUGGUUGUGACUGUCGGCUCUACUGUGACCCAGAAGCAUGUGCCUGUAGCCAGGCUGGCAUUAAAUGCCAGGUGGAUCGAAUGUCCUUUCCUUGUGGCUGCUCCAGGGAUGGCUGUGGAAACAUGGCUGGGCGAAUUGAAUUUAACCCAAUCCGAGUGCGGACUCACUACCUCCACACUAUCAUGAAGCUGGAGCUAGAGAGCAAACGGCAGGUGAGUCGCCCAGCAGCCUCUGAGGAUGAGCCCUUGCCUACUACUGGCUGCAGCCUGUCUGGAGCCCAGAGCUCUGAGACCCAGGACUUCCAGGAGUUUAUCGCUGAGAACGAGACCGCAGUGAUGCACCUGCAGAGCGCAGAGGAGCUGGAGCGACUCAGGGCGCAGGAGGACCCAAGCGGCUCUAGCGCUAGCUUGGACUCGAGCAUGGAGAGUCUGGGCGUGUGCAUCCUGGAGGAGCCCCUGGCUGUCCCCCAAGAGCUAUGUCCAGGCCUGGCCGCCCCCAUUCUCAUCCAAGCUCAGCUGCCCCCAGGCUCCUCCGUGCUAUGCUUUACUGAGAACUCGGAGCACUCGGCUGCCUCCCCGGAGAGCAGUCCACCCUACUUGAACAGCGGUCCUCUGGUGUACUACCAGGUAGAGCAGAGGCCAGUCUUGGGAGGGAAAGGAGAGUCUGGUUCAGAAGAGGGCACAGCCUCCUUCCCCAAGGAGAAAGAUCUGAGUGUCUUCUCCCUUCCUGUUACCUCGCUGGUGGCUCACAGCCCCUCAGACUCAGCUGCCCUCUGUAAACCAGAGGUGGGGAAAACACCCACUGUUGACAAACUAUUGCCUGGUGACUGCAACCCUAAGGAGCCUGAGAGUGGAGACUUCCACCCCUCUUGGUCUCCCUCAGGCCUGCCCUUCCGAAUGGACAAUGAAGACGACUGUGGAGUGCAGAACUCCCAGCAGAGUGAGGACCGGACCCCUGAAGACUCUGCCCUAGAGCUCCCUCUGACAGUGUGACCUGAGAUAGACACUGCUCAUUCUCUAUUUAUUAUCUAACGCCAUUUCAAAACAAGACUGCUGCUCCCAGGUUGUUUUAUUGAAAAUCUUAGGAAAAUGGGUAGGAAGGGGUUGUUAGUACGUGUCUUUUUUAAAAGGGAAAGAGACCAGCCCAACUCAGUUCCCAGGACUGAGCUCUCGGGGCUGCCAGAGCAAAGAUGUCGGCCACAAGUGAGCUGGGUAGCUCAAGUAGCUCUUCUUUAUGCAUGGGGCCAGAACUAAGGAUGUGAGCAGCUAGCUCCCUGCAGGGCAGCCCCUCCUCAUCCAUCUCGGUCUAUCAGUCACACUGUGAGAAAGGCCACAGAAGAAUCUCUGCUUCUGUACAAAACUCCCAUCCUAAAAAUUGACCCUGCUUUCUCCCACCUCUUAACUGGGAAAUAAGUUAAUUUUCAACAUGUUUGGUGUUCCCUGACCUGCUCUGCAAACGGGAUUCCUGGUCUGUAACUUGAAUUCUUUCCUUCAUAUGUUCUUAGGUUCUAGAGUUAAACUUCUCUGCCUUUUCCCCAUCUUUUCUCCUUAAAAGAAAAAAAUCCAGGUUGGAUAUGGAUAUGGUACAGAGCAUAAGUCAUUAGGUAGAACAUUCUGGAAGAUGACUGUGCUUGCUUUCUCACCUAGUACACACACACACUCACACUCCUUUUGGGAGAGCUUGGCUCUAAAUGGAAUAUAAAGUGUAGUACAAGGUCAUCAGCUAGUUAGGAUUCUCUUUCUCUAUAUGUACCCUUGUGGUCCUUGGUUAUCUAGGGUUAGAGAUCUUUGGAUGUUACAGUUCAGUCCCGAGAACUUCAGGUUUUAUUGGACCCCUCCAUCUUGGAGAUUUAUGAAAACAAAGUCAAACUGAUUCUUAGUAUGUGACUUAGGACUCCCAGAUUCCAAAGGAUUCAAGAUCUGAUUAUAAUCUGGAAUCUAUAGACUGGGACUCAGUCUCAGCACUCACCUCAGUCAGAGUCCUUACUCCUCUCCUGUCUUAGUUAAAGUCCCCGGAUCCCCAUUCAGCACUGACUUUUUAUUGGCAAUGAUCCCUCUGCCUCCUGGUUAAGUGGAGGUGGUAGGAGCCAAACACAGUUUUCCUCUAUCAUUCUUUACUAACCAGGAAAGAAAAACCAAACUUACUUUGAUUUUUUUUGAGACAGGGUCUUGCUAAAUAACCCUGGCUGGCCUGGAACUUACUUACCAUGUAGCCCAGGCUGGCCCUCAGCCUGCGGCAGUCCUCCUCCUGGUCAUGCAUCCCGAUUGCUGGGUUUGAGGUGCACACCACUUCACUCAGCGGUAUUUAUUUAUGUGGGAUAAUAAGGCCCUGGUGUCGUAGAGUGAACUUGAAUGUGGGUGGCAGCAGAAACACCUCUAACUCUCCGACCCUAAGCCUAGAGCUCCCUGUAUUUGAUACAGAUCCUGAUUUUUACCCAUUCUGCCACUGCUAUUCAUUUCUGGGUUUGCUUGGUUUUAUUGUUGGAGUUCUUAAGGAAGUACCUAGCUCUCUCUCCAGCCUCACAAGAGUUACCUUAAGUACCAGAGGCCAACAUGCUCUCACCCUCAGCUAGAACUCUCAAACCCAAAACCAAAGCUAAACUGAGACGUUUACUGGUGGAGAGAAGAAUCUUUGAAGGUUUGCUGGAAAGGAUCAAGACUCCACCUCUGAGCCCCGGACUUGGGUAGUCAUUAAGAAACAUACUAGUCAUUGUCACAAAGACCAGCCAACCCCAAGAUCCUUGGUAUUUCUGUAUAACUAGUUUCUUAUUCCUCUUCAUUAAUUCCAUGUUCUCAUUCAAACUGACCCCAAACUUCUGAGUGCUAACUAUUUAGCAUUGACGAAUGUCAAGGACCUUUUCUACAACUGAGUCCAUCAGAUUUCUGGUGCUAACUGAGUUGGACAGAAAUGAUAGUUCCUGGUUGCUAGGAAGGCCAGGCCUCUGGUCACAGAAGCAGGACCGGUCCCCUCAGGCAGGCCUAGGUAAGCUGUGGCUCUUCACCACAGCUCUUGUGCACUGUGCUGUCUCCUGCAUACUGUGCACAGGUCACGUUCUCAGUGUAAACCCAAAGCUUGUCUGGCUCUCUGAAAACAACUUCUCCCUCUAGGUUCUUUACAUUGUAAUAAUGCUGUAUUUAAAGAGAAUAUUUAAAUGUAAUAUUAAAGAAAUAUUCAAAAGAA